AUGGCCCUACAAGGGGACGUACUACCAUCUGCAUCUGCGUCAAUUGCAGUUGAAAAGACGUUGCAGGAGCUGAGAAAUGGCGAUGAGUUUUUUGUCACUGCCAACAUUAUAGGCGUCUCUUUGCACUGCGUCGUGAACCCCCAAUGGCCGUGUGAAGCGAUCCUCGGAACGGCAGCUGAAGUCUAUCACGCCACCUUUACGGAUAGUGAAGUACCUGAAUGCAACGUGGUAUUCCAUCGCAAGAAGCAGGAAUUUCUGGUGGCUGGAACACCAAUUAGCGAGUGUUGUGCGAGAGGUGACGAGCUAGAGCUGGGUGUUACUCUGCCUGCUCUUUCUAGUGUUCAAGGCGAUGUAAAGUCUUCCGUUGCUCCUAGUAGAGACUGUACAGUGGAUAUUAACGGUGAGACGAGUGAGUUCUGUGUGUUGUUUCACAAGCUCCCAUUGGGAUUCACGAUGAAACGUGGAAAUGAUAACACUACCGAGAUAGGAACCAUUUAUCCCAAGAGUGCAGCGACGCAUUUUCCGCGAUUGGCACCAGGUGUGACUAUCGUGAGCAUUGCGGGAACGCCACUACAGGAUAUGGGACUUCGUCAGGUGCACGACCUCAUUAAGAACGCGAAGCUACCGUUGGAUAUCCACUUCCAAGGACGCGAGGAGAUAGUGUCUUCGUUGCUGUCGCCUGAUACGACGCAGGAACAACGAGUGUCUGAAGCAUCGUCGGCCAUACUGCUGGUUUAUCAACAGGGAGGACGUCGCAGAGGACCUGCUGAUCACCGCAGUGUGCGGAGCAAUGGAAGCAACGGAAGUGGACGCAGUCGAAAUAGUCGUAGUAGCGGACGAGGAAAGAAGAAAACUGGCGAUUCUGUUCAACAGCAGGGUAUCGAUACUCGCCAGAAGAGUGGCAAAUUGCACGAGCAGAACCAACAUCCUGGACGACAAAAGGAUGAGGCUUUUUGUACUGUUGAAGCUGAGCUUGUCGAGGAAAUUGAGCAUCUUAAGGUAGCACUGCUGCGCAAGCACGAAGAAGCCAAGCAUAUCGCGCGUCAGCUUGAAUCUUGCUCUGAAAAGCUGCUAGCUCUCCGUGGUGAAUCAGGCGGUACUACGGUGCUUCGUCAACAGCAGCAGCAACAAAACCAGCAGUGCGUGCAGAAUGGCACGGCCUAUUUGCAUCGUACGGCAGCAACUUCAAAGAACAAAGGUGGGUCCAAGUUUCGGCUAACGCCUGAGGUUCUGGAGGCCAUGGACCAGAAAGCUGGGCUUCCUCAACGUGGCACGGGGGCCUACACUUCAUCAAAUGUGUCAUCGAUCUCAGGAUAUUCAGCGCAAUCCAUGCCUGUAGCUCGUUCUGCGAAUAUGCGUGCGCGCAGUGCGCGUAUGGCUAUUGCAAAUGCUGACAACGUGUCAGUAUCGUCUUACACGUCGAACUCAUCGAACACAUCUGCUCGUCGAGGAGGAAAGAACUCCCCACGCGGCACCACGCUUCGGAACCUGAGCAAACGGUACAAUUACAUGCCGCAGAAGUAUGCAACGAGCACAACAAGUGCUUCGGAGGCUGGGUCCACUUCACUGUCAUCCCGUGGAGCCGUAAUGUCGCGUGCACGGAUCUCGCGUGACUCGUUCAUUACCAAGAGUGAGAGUCCAGGUGUUGGUUACUACGACGUGAAGGUGAAGGAUCAUGUAAAAGGUGGUGAAAUUGGCGAUUCUAGUCGCUCACUGCAGUGGUCCUGA